AUGUCAAUUCAUUUCCUAACCCGCGGUCAGUUCGUUUCGGCUUCUUACAAAAGCGAGGACUGUUAUUUUACCGUCAAUGGACGGCUAAUAACCACGCUCGAAGAUCUUCCAGCGGGCGAUGGAUACGUCAUCCAAGUUCAUCAUCGCCUACGCGGUGGAAAGGGUGGUUUCGGUUCAAUGUUGCGGGCAAUUGGUAAUCAGAUUGAAAAGACUAAUAACCAUGAUAUGUGUCGCGACCUCUCUGGACGACGCAUGCGUGAUGUAAAUGCAGAGGAAAAAUUGAAAGAAUGGUAUGCGAAGGCUGGGGAAAGAGAGAGAGCCAAGGUAGAUCGUUACUUGGAAAAACAGCGACGUCGUCGAGAAGCCCUUGAAAAGGGCCCCCUCCAUGACCAUAAAUUUGACGAUCCUGAAUUUGCUCGGCGGAAGGAACGUAUCUCGACUCAGUUACGCGACGCAGUUGAAGCGGCGCUGGAAAAGAUCGUAUCUGAUGCAGGCCCUUCAGAACCUGCCAAAAAGAGGUCCAAAUUGUGGAUUGAGUGCCUAGACGAAGGUAAAUCGUCCUCAAGUAGUGAUAGCGAUGAUUGUGGUGGCCCUUCGUCUCUUUCUGACUCAGAUAAGGAUCAAGAUGCAAAUUCCGGUUCUUCAGAAAAACCUGAGUGUCCCGAAAUUGCUGCAACGGUCAAAGUUGAUGUGCCAAAAAGUGGACAAGCGGAAAAUGCUCCGCAAGGUCAUCAAGAACACAAAAUUGACAAGGACAUUACAGAAUUGACAAAUCCAACAUGCGUACCCUCCAUCACCGAUGAAGCACUUAAUGCAGCUUCUUCAUCUAAGGACCUAGAAUCCUACGGUUUGGAGCGUUUAAAGCAGUCACUUGUAAAUAGAGGACUAAAGUGUGGAGGAACAUUAUCGGAGCGUGCUGCAAGGCUUUUUUCGGUUAGAGGACUCGAACCGUCGCAAUAUCCCACGAAGAUUAUCGCUAAGUCUGUUAAGAAAUAA